AAAAAGAAAAUUUUAUUUUAAUAUCUAUAAGAUGGACAAAGGAAGAAAUAAAAAUAAGUCUGUAGACUGCUAUCUUUUUCCAAAGAUUUCCAAAUUGCCAACGUGCUAGUCAUGCUACAAGAGUUUAAUUUAAUGCAACGCUAAAUGCAAAAAGUCACAGCAAAUAAAGUGUGAGAGAAUUUUAAGAAUCAAGUAGCAUCACAAUUGCUUAUUGUUAAAAAAGAUGUGGAAAAUAAUUUUUAUUGUGAAUAUAUAUUUCGUUGAAUGCUCUCUUCACAUGUAUUGAUUAUUGCAACAUGCUAAUUACGUGACACUACGUGACACGUGACGUAGAGAUAUUUUUGUAUGUCGUGCAUGAAUUCAACUUUCUUAGUAAUGUGGUGAUUCUUAUUAUCUCACUUUAACGAAUAGUCACAUGUUACGCGAUAAAUAAUGAAAACGAUUUCUUCUUAUCGCGCAAGAAAAGAGUGAUCUUUAACGUUUCUCAAGUAGAAAACCUUAGACCUAGGUGUUAUCAGAUAGCACAUAUCGAUCAGUGCAGGCUCGGCAAGAUCGCAAGUUUUUUUCUACGUUAAGGAUAUUUGCGACGUGUUUCGUUCUAGACGUUUCAAUCGUGUUCGCAUUUUAUUUUUCUCCGGUGUGACAUCUGUCUGCCGCACGGUGUCGCGGAUAUGAAAGCACGCAAAGUAAAAGCGUGGUUGGUUUGUUGCCAAAAGUCGCAAACCGUCGAUUCUGAUACGAGCGAUCGAGAAACCGAGGAGCCCAAAGCGAAUCAACCGGAAAGGCUAAUAGGCAACAAGGUAGAUAAUAAAGCGGAGAAUAAGGCGGAGAGCGAUGUGGAAAAUAAAGUAAAGCACCAGGUAGACGAGAUAGAGAGUAAAGUGGAAAUUAAAACGAAGGACGAUAUUGAGAAUAAAGUGGAGAUUCAGAUACACAGCAAAAUAGAAAAUAAAACGAGAAUCGAUACAGAGGGCGAUGUUGAGAGUAGUAAAGUGGAAAACAAAGUGGAGAACCAGGUAGACAGCGAGAUAGAAAGUAAAGCGAGGAAUAAGCUAGGGGAUGUGAAUAAAGUGGAAAAUCAGAUAGAUAAGACGGAGAAUGAACUGGAGAUCAAAACAGAAGACAAUGUCGAGAACAAAGUGGAAGAUCAGAUAGACGAAGUAGAGAAUGAAGCAGCGAGCAAAACGGAGAGUGAUGUCGAGAAUAAAGUGGAGAAUCAGAUGGACAAAAUAGAGGAUAAAGUCGUAAGCAAAACGGAGGGUGUUGUCGAUAUUAAAAUGGAAAAUAAAGUGGAGAAUAACAUGGAGAAUCCGAUAGACAAGACGGAGAAUAAAUUAGAGAUCAAAACAGAGGACGACAUUAAGAAUAAGGUGGAGAACAAAAUUAAGGCCAAAGCAGAAGGUAGUAUCGAGAAUGAAGUGAAAAACAAAGUGGAGAAUAAAAUGGAGGACCAGAUAGACAAAGCGGAAAAUAAAUUGGAGACCAAAAUAGAAAGCGAUGUCGAGAUUACAGUGGAGAAUAAAAUAGAGAAGCAGAUAGAAAAAGUAGAGACUAAAGCAGAAAGCAAAGCAGAGGGUAGUGUCGAGAAUGUAAUGGAGGAUCAGAUAGACGAGACGGAGAAUAAAUUGGAGAUCAGAACAGAGGACGAUAUCGAAAAUAAGAUGGAGAACGAAAUAGAGGACCCGGUAAAGAAAGUAGAGACCAAAGCAGAAAGCAAAGCAGAGGAUAGUGUCGAGAAUGAAGUAGAAAACAAAGCGGAGAAUAAAAUGGAGGAUCAAAUAGACAAGACGGAGGAUAAAUUGGAGAUCAAAACAGAGGGCGAUAUCGAGAAUGAGGUGGAGAACAAAAUAGAGAACCAAGUAGAGACAGUAGAGACCAAAGCAGGAAGUAAAACGGAAGAUGAUGUCGAGAAUGAAGUGGAAAACGAAGUCGAGACCCAAGUAGACAAGAUGGAGAAUAAACUGCAGGCUCAAACGGAGAAUGAUGUCGAGAAUAAAAUGGAGGACAAAACAGAGGACCAGGUGAAGGUGGAAGAUAAAGCGGAGAGCAAAACAGAGAAUGAAAUAAAGAGCAAAGUGGAAACAGGAAGCAACGUCGACAAUGAGGUGGAGAAACAACGGAAGCAAGAAAAUAUUCUUCCCGUACCACAUACAUCGGAUCACGGUUACAUGUACGAUCUCUUGGUCAUCGGCGGAGGAUCCGGUGGCCUGGCAGCAGCUAAGGAAGCUGUGGGUCUAGGCGCAAAAGUCGCAGUUUUGGACUAUGUGACUCCGUCUCCUCUUGGUACCACUUGGGGUUUGGGUGGUACCUGCGUCAACGUGGGAUGUAUACCAAAAAAGCUCAUGCAUCAAGCCGCAUUGCUCGGUGAAAGUCUUCAUGAUGCUGCGGCAUUUGGUUGGCAGUUGGAUCCAAAGUCUAUAAAAAACGACUGGGAAACCAUGAAAAACGUUGUACAAAAUCAUGUUAAAUCUGUGAACUGGGUCACUCGUGUUGAACUUAGGACAAAGAAAGUUGAAUAUUUCAAUGCACUUGGAUAUUUCAAGGAUGCACACACCGUAGCUGGAGUUUCCAAGAAAGGGGACGAAAAGAUCCUUACGGCUAAAAAUAUAAUAAUUGCGGUUGGUGGUAGACCUAGAUAUCCCGAUAUUCCAGGCGCUUUAGAAUAUGGUAUAAGUAGCGACGAUAUCUUCAGUUUGGAGCGCGCUCCAGGAAAAACCCUUGUUGUCGGGGCUGGAUAUAUUGGUCUGGAGUGUGCCGGUUUUCUUAACGGUUUAGGCUAUGAUACAACUCUAAUAGUUCGAACGAUCGUAUUGCGUGGAUUUGAUCGGCAAAUGGCACAACACAUUACUGAAGAAAUGCAGCAACGUGGCGUGAAUUUUAUUUAUGAGGCAAAACUUAAGAAAGUUUCAAAGCGAGAAGAUGGCCGUCUUUUGACUGACUGGGUCGACAAGGAUGGCAAUGUUCAUCAAGAUGUGUACGAUACUGUUUUAUUUGCUAUCGGCCGAAGAUCGCUCACUCAAGAAUUGAAACCGGAGAAUGCUGGAUUGAAGCUCGUUCCAGAAACUGGCAAAAUCGACGCAGUUAACGAACAAACAAACGUUCCAAAUAUUUACGCAGUUGGCGAUGUACUACAUAAAAAACCUGAAUUAACACCUGUUGCUAUACACGCGGGUAAAUUGCUGGCUAAAAGAUUGUUUGGUAAUUCGACCGACAAAAUGGAUUACACGAACGUAGCAACGACAGUGUUUACUCCUUUGGAAUACGGAUGUGUCGGACUGAGCGAAGAAGCGGCAGUCGAGCUCCACGGGGAAGAUCAGAUAGAGAUUUUCCACGCAUACUACAAACCAACGGAAUUCUUUGUACCUCAGAAGAACGUUGAUCGUUGUUACGUGAAGGUUGUCGCUCUUAGACAUCAUGAUGAAAAGGUACUCGGAAUGCAUUUUAUCGGACCCAACGCGGGCGAAGUGAUACAAGGAUUUGCGGCUGCUAUUAAAUGUGGUUUAACAAUUCCGUUAUUGAAAUCUACCGUUGGAAUUCAUCCGACGGUAGCGGAGGAGUUUACACGCAUAUUCAUUACCAAACGAUCGGGCAUGGAUCCCAAACCGCAAAGCUGCUGCAGUUAGAUCGAUUUGCGCAUCAUCGUACUUCUCUCGAUUACAUUCACAGAUUUAGACCGAUUAUUCAAUAGGAGACAAUACGGUUUACGUACUCUUGUAGCCAGAGGUCAGUCGAUUAUUUUUCGACUGAAACAGUUUUUCUAUUGUUACGAGAGCGCUGGAAUACCGCAGUAUUACUUAAAAUAAACAGCGAAAGAAUAGCACCCAGAAAGAAAACAAAUAAUCCGUUACUAAUAGUACUUUUUUUACAUAUAUUAUUUCUUCAACAACAUGCGCAUUGCAUCAUUGAUGCAAAAAAUUGUUGUGAUACUUAUUUGAUAAUAAUAUCAACAAAUCAUUAUUAAUAAAAUGUUGGAAUCACGAGUAACAUCAUUUUAAAACAAUUCUUUUUAUGAACAAAAAUAGAUCUCACCAAUUUCCAUAGUAAAUUGCUUAUUUAAACUGCAUUAUUUGCCUUAGCGUCUUCGAAUAUUAGCUAAAAUAUUAAGCAAAUAAAUAGAGUUAGUAAUGUUUUUAAUGACUUUGUAUAUCGUUUUUAACGAUUUAUGAUUGCCACGGCUUCAUCACAACAAAAUAUUCACCAGAUUGAUACUGCAUUUCUGCAACAAACUAUAUUUUUAUAAAUAAUUACAUUAUAAAUUUAUACUAUAAUAUUAUGUUACAAAUAUUGAAUAAAUGCUGUAUAUGUA